AUAAGGAGGUAGACCUGUUUGGUCAUUCAGUGAUACGGUGAGAGUUCGAGGCGAUUAGGCGUGCUAAUUAGUCAAACUAAAUAGCGAUAACUGGUGACUUGCGGUCGAUUCUUCCUUGUCUGCGAUCACUGUCCUCAUUUGUUAUACCUACUUGUUAACUGUAAUUGUUUAAUUCAAUUCGCUGCGAUAAUGAAAAACCUCAUCCUAAUUUUGUGCAUCGCUGCCUCCGCAAUGGCCCAAAGGCCGUCCUAUGCCGGUCUCUCGGCCAAAGGUGUACCCGGCUUGGCGUCCAGAUUCCGAACUGACAGUUCCAGCGGGAGUUCCUCGUCUGGAAUAGGAAGCAGGAACGGCGGAACAGACGGCAAUAACGUCAAUAUACCAUACGACGAGUACAUGGCCAAUAGGUACAACGAAUGGCCCAGAGAGAACAGGCCCUUUUCUCACACGAACGCCGAGGUUAUUAGACAGCAUUUGGGACGGCCCAGUUCGAGCACUGUGAACCAACCUAACGGUUCAGGAAAUGGUGCGACAAGCGGGAAUUCCUUGGGUUCAAAUCAGAGCAAACCCAACCAAGUUUUGAAUAGUAGAUUUGGUGGUUCCAGCAACCCACAAACUAAUAACAACUCCUUUUCUAUCGUUAUGAAUGGUCAAUGGAGGACGUAUAGGUACAAUGAGAUCACCGAUUCGUGGGUUAGAAGUCAAUAGAUUUACUUUACUUACUUACUAAUAUUUUGAUUAAUUAAUAAAAUUUUAAUGUACAAAAUGCAACAAAUAAUAUUAAGAAUCAGUAUUUUACAAACUUGUUAUCGAUUUAAAAAAUAAAAACAUCAAGCAUGGAUAAACUUUCAGCAAAAU